ACCAUCGUUCCCAGCUCCGUAAUUUUCCAACAGAAAACAAUUCAAAAAAUCAAGGAACGAUUGUCAAUUUUGCCCUAAUCAAUUGUCCAAACCAGGAGAAGCAAAGUCUGUACAUCCAGAUGGAGCUUCCUCAACCCCGUCCCUUUGGAACCCAAGGUAGGAAAUCAACGCAUGACUUUCUUUCACUUUAUUCACCUGCACAGCAAGAUCCAUCCCCUAAUCCCCCAGGUGGCUACCUUGAAACUCAUGACUUUUUGCAACCACUGGAACGGGUAGGGAACAAUGUAGCCAGAGAAGGAAAUAAAGCCGAAGAACCACAAAGUAGGAAGUCCCUCCCACCAACUCCCCCGACUACAGUGGAGCACAUUCUUCCUGGUGGGAUCGGGACUUACAGCAUUAGUCACAUUUCUUGCCUCAAUCAAAGCCAAAGAAUACCAAAGCCUGAGGAGGUGGCUGCACAGUCUAGUGGUAGUGAUAAAAAUGAUGAAAAUUCGAACUGCAGUUCUUACACAGGGAGUGGUUUCUCACUGUGGGAAGAAUCUGCAGUAAAGAAGGGAAAGACAGGGAAGGAGAAUAUUGCAGGAAAUAGGCAUGUCAUAAGAGAGGGGGGCAUGAAGAUCGGGGGAGUUCCAUGGAUGACAUCCAUGGAGCGGCCAUCACAGUCUUCAUCUGCCCAUAACCAUCCAAGUGCAACCAUCAGUUCUCUGUCAUCUUCUCGUCCAUCAUCAGCCCAGAAGAAUCCUAGUUUUGUUGAUAUGUUAAAUUCUGCUAAGAGUACUCAAGAAGAUGAGGAUGAAGAAGAAGAAGAAGAAGAGUUUGUUAUCAAGAAAGAGCCAACCUUGCAUUAUAACGGUGUUUUGUCGGUUAAAGUGGACACAGCACACCAUGAUCAAAAGCCCAACACUCCACGUUCUAAGCAUUCUGCUACGGAGCAGCGUAGAAGAAGCAAAAUCAAUGACAGAUUUUCGAUGUUGAGAGAACUCAUCCCUCAUGGUGAUCAAAAGAGAGAUAAAGCAUCAUUUUUGUUAGAGGUGAUUGAUUACAUUCAUUUUCUACAAGAGAAGGUUAACAAGUAUGAGGAUUCAUGCCUCCGUGGAUGGAACAACGAACCACCUGCCAAUGCCAUCAUCCCAUGGAACAAUAAUCAAAGACCAAGCGAAGGAUUUGUUGAACAACCACGUGUCCAAAACGCAUUAGUAUUUGCUCCAAAACUGAAUGAGAACAAGGGAAGUUUUGGGGCCAAAAAAGGGAAAAACCUAUUAGAUAGUGAAGUGAAGGAAAUUGGUGGGUUGACAAAUAAGGCAUCUCCUUUGGGUUCAAACAUAUAUUCUCCUGCCGGUUGUCCUUCAACACAGCUGGCAUCUGAUACAGCAUCCCAAUUAUGGCAGAGCAGAUCAUGCACAACUGAUUGCAUUGCUGGUGAUAAGUUGAAAGAAAAGGAACUAACAAUUGAAAGUGGCACAAUAAGCAUCUCAACCAUCUACUCUCAAGGGUUAUUGACUAGUCUAACACAAGCGCUACAGAGCUCCGGUGUCGACCUAUCUCAGGCCAACAUCUCAGUACAAAUUGACCUAGGAAAGAAACCCAUCCUUAAGAAAAAUGAAGUAGGGAAUGAUGAAACGGUGAGACGUUCAAGAGUUGCAAGCAGCCGGGAGGAAAAGAGUGAUAAAGGCUUGAAGAGGUUUAAGUCGAGCAGAAACUAAAAGAUUAAUCAUUUAUUGCUUCCAAAUGGAGGACGAUUCAUGUGUUUUUUUUUUUUUGUUUUUUUUUGUUAAUUUUUAUAUAUUUAUAUUAAUUGUGUUGGAAGUUAAUACGAUGUAUGUAGAUUGGGGGGGAUACUAAUGAAAAAGAAUGUAUUAU